AUGAGUGGGAGUGCAGAUGAAACUGCAAGCUUGGUCUUUGACAUUGGCUCCUUUUCAAUACGUGCCGGCUAUGCCAGAGAUGAUGUACCUAAGGUAGAUUUUCCUACAACGAUUGGUGCUGUGCUUGGAAGAGAGGAUGGCUGCAUCCCGACGUAUUACAUCGAUACUAAGUCAGAUGAGCUACCCCUGGAAAACAUGGAGGCUGUAUCACCAUUUAAAGAUGGACUUAUUGAAGAUUGGGACGGUUUCCAGGCUAUUCUAGAUUAUACUUUCAAAUCUCUCAAUGCAAAAUCUCGUUUACAACCAGUGCUCAUGUCUGAAGCAGUUUGGAAUACAAGAGAAAAACGUGAGAAGCUGACUGAGCUGAUGUUUGAGCAUUACCAUAUUCCAGCAUUUUAUCUAAGCAAAAGUGUAGUUCUCUCAACAUUUGCUAGUGGAAGAAAUACUGGUCUGAUUUUGGAUAGUGGAUCUAAAUAUACAGCAGCCAUUCCAGUGCAGGAUGGUAACAUCAUUUAUAAAGGUAUUGUAAAAUCUCCUAUUGCUGGAGACUUCAUUACUACAGAGUGCAGAGAGUUGUUUCAACAGAUGAACGUCGAUCUGGUUCCCCCAUAUAUGAUUGAUUCGAAGGAAGCAGUACAGGAAGGAUCACCAGCCAACUGGAAUAAAAAAGACAACCUGCCUCAAGUCACUGAUUCUUGGCAUAACAAUAUGUGCAAUCGUGUAGUACAUGAUUUCAAGUCAAAGGUUCUUCAGGUUUCAAAAACCGCAUACCAUGAGAAUGUGGCUGCAAAGAUACCCCCUGUGCCCUAUGAGUUUCCUAAUGGAUAUAAUUGUAAAUUUGGAGAAGAACGUCUAAGAAUUCCUGAAGUGUUAUUUAAUCCUUCACUUGCUAAGAAUUCACCUGACAGUAGUAUGCUUGGGAUCACAGAUAUUGUAUCCAGAAGUAUAGAAACGUGUGACGCCAACAUACAGCCGAAAAUGUUUGCCAAUGUGAUUGUAGUUGGAGGAAAUACUCUACUGCAGGGCUUCACAGAAAGACUGACAAAAGAAGUUUUCCGGAAAACACCACAGAACACAAGGUUAAAGUUAUUCGCACACAGCUUAGUUCCAGAGAGGAGGAGGCUUAGCCCGUGGAUUGGUGGUUCAACCAUAGCUUCUUUGGGGUCCUUUAAGCAGAUCUGGAUUUCAAAACAAGAUUAUGAAGAAGGAGGAAAACAAUGUGUAGAGGGAAAAUGCCCAUAA